GCGCGGGAAAUGUUAAGAAUCAUUCUCCGGUAAAAUUAGUGAAAAAUAGUGAAAAACGUAUGUUUUCCUCGGUAAAAGUUCGCGAAAAACGAUGCGGGGCAUUCGGAAGUGUGUCCACUGCGGUGCUCUGAACGGGAAUCGAGCCCAGCUCUGCCGGAACAUCGAGUGUCCGCAGCGCAGAAAUGUUCUUGACGCCGUCCAAUUGGUGUCUCUGCGGCCAGGAUCCACGGUUUACUCGCUGCGAUCCAACGAGAAGGAGCAGCAGCCGCGAAACUUUGUGGUUAUACAGGAGGUGACAGUGUCCCUGCAGCCGGAUGCGGCAGUGGUGUCCAGCAAGGCGCUGUGCUACGCGGAGUCCUGCUACAAGGGCGGCGUAAAAGCCACCGAGGACUGCGUGCACGUCAAGACCUGCCGCGAUCUGGGCCCGGAGUUUCCCAAGGCCCAGGCCUACAGUGUGUCCCGCGAGGUGCUGUGGAAUCUGAACAUCAGCCAGGAGCAGAAGCAACAGCUCUGGCAGCUGUACAAGUACGCCGAGGAGCAGGAGCACCUGCCGGCUGUUCAGCGACUAAACGCCACCACCUUUGUGGUCAAGUGCGAACGGUCCGAGUCCUGUCCAGCUGCUCGACUGCACGUCACCGCCCUGGCCAAUGGCUCCAAGAGGAAGCCGGGGGCCAGCUAUGCCUGCGCCUGCCGGAAACUGAAGAUUAUCGUGGAGCCGGACAACUCUCUGGUGAUGCAGGACGAGAUCUGCGACCACCUGCUGCUCGUCCUGGCGGGCAUCCUAAGCUCACCGCACGGCAAACGUUUAUACGGACACUUCACCAGCGGCCUGCAGUCCUUCUGGAUGCCCUCGCAGCUGGAGACACCUCUCGGAGAUGGCGCUGCCGAGGAUCUGCGCUUGAGCCUGCACAUGGAGGACGAUGACUUUGAUCCUCAGGUGGACAUUCUGGUCUUUGGCGAUCAGCUGGAUCUUCCCCUGCCAGAUCUGUCCGACGGCGCCUUCAACCUUGACAACAUGCAAGCGGCGGCCACCACCAGUCACAGCAAUUCGAACCAAGCCACCAGCAAUGCCCUCAUCCACUACGCCAACGACUCGCAGCUGCUGUCGAACUGCGAUGUCUAUGCGGAGCCCAUUGAGCUCACGGAUUGCAACAUCGAGCUGAUGGACCAGUUUCAGCCAACGGAUCAGAUUGAUCUGAGCAGCGAGGACAUUGAGCUGCCGCUAAUCAGUGAGCCGUACAACAUUUUGGCCGCUCCACCCAUCUUUUCGGAGGCCUCGCCUGCGGUGGUAACCGAUCAGCUGCCAAUUGAGUUGGCUACCAUAGCGAUGGUUAAGAAGGCGGCUCCUGUCAAAGCCUCGGAGAUCGUGACAGAAGUAAAGUCGAGGAAACAACCGCCCCUGCCGGCCAAAAGAGCGCUAAUUGUGAAUAAGCCAGAUCAGACUCAGGUCCUGGAUACUCCCUGCUUGGAGGCAUCCGUACAGCCGGCAUUGGCGUACUCCGCUUGGCUGGAUCAUGUGGUUGAGCUGCUCAAUGAAUCACUUGAGCCCCAGGCAACACCUCAGGCGGGGAUCACAAAACGAUUGGUGCAACAAAGCUUUCACGUGCACAAGGACACCUUUUCGCACUUUUGCAAGUGCUUCAGUGCGGGAAUUAAGCGUCGUCCUUUGGAUAAGGUAACUGUGAUAGAAUCGGGCCGAUAUAAAGGUCUUACCAAAUACACCUGGCAUUUUACAACCUCGCACACCGUCAAGCGCAUCUUCAGCACGGGGAAUAUUGAACUGCAGUUGGUGCGUGCCUUUGAACGUCAUCCGGAUGGAGAACACUUUGUGCCCUAUGUGCGUCCACCGGUUAGCGAGGGUUCGGGUAAAAAGCGCCUGACUUAUGCCACUCUGAGGCUGUACAUGGCGAAAAUUAUCUUUGAAAUGGCACCAAAAGAGCAGGCAGGGAAUGGAGUGUUACUCACUUGGACACCGGAUGUUUUGCCCCGCAGCCAUUUCGGGCUGAUGCAAGUGGAAUUCGUUGUGGAAACACAAGCGCCCAGCUAAGAGAUGAAGCAUUGGUUGUCAGUAUGAGAAUUUACAAGCCUGCUAGAGCGUAUAUAUAAGUAUUACCUUAGCCUAAGUCGGGUUUUAGUGCCUAAGAAACAUAAAUCUCAGAAAAAAUUGGUCAUUAGUUGGUUGGUUAAUAUGUAGAGCCGCCAAUUUUGGCUGGUAACAGCUGACAAAUGCUUGGAUUGGAAAUGCACUCUCGCAUUGAUAAGAUCAGGAUCGAAGGGAUAGAAACCCAUCAACUGUGCAUCAACCAGUAGUAGUCUCUGACUACAUUCGAUUGGGAUAAAUCUAAGAGGAAACUGAAGGACCUUUUGUUGACAUUUCGUUUCGUUCAUUUACAUAAUCAGUAUACCAUGAUUAUUCAAGUUAAAGUGUACAAAAAACCAGUCUUUAAAACAUGUUUCUUUAUCGUUUCUUUCAUACGCUUAUCUCUUCAUUUUUCAUUCUACAUAUAAAAUGUAAAAAUAUUUACUAAUUCACUUGCUCUCUAUGCUUGGCCUGUGUGUGGUGCCUGCCUGGUUUUAAACUCCAUUUAAUUGGUUUUUCAAAUCGAAUAGAUUUAUAACUCCCACACACAGGCCUUCAGCUAUGGCAAUUCAGAGUGCGAAGCUUUAAUAUUUAAUAUUUAUCCCACAUAUGAGGCUAUCUUUAAGAACUGUACAGG